CUCCAGAGAGCCAAGGCUAAGGCGUACGACCUAGAGGAAGCCAUAGGGCAGUACAAGAAGGGUGUUCACAAGUGGAACCGUAACUGGGACCACAGAGCUUCGCCUGCCGCGGAAGAGACAGACGGUGAGAAGAAAAAGGAGCCCCAGUCGAAGGCCAAACGUCACCUCUUCCUAAUCCGACACGGCCAGUAUGAAAUGUGGCACAAGGACUCAAAACUCAAGAAGCUGACCGAGCUUGGUCGACAGCAGGCCAAGGAGACGGGAGAACGGCUCAGCCUCCUGGGCUAUGACUACUCCAUCCUCUACUUCUCCACCUUGCCCCGGGCCACUGAGACUGCUCAGAUCAUCAGUGAGAGUCUUCCCAAUGUGCCGACUGAGAGUUGUGGCCUGCUCAGGGAAGGAGCUCCGUUCCCUCCGGACCCUCCCUCCAAGAACUGGAGACCUGAUUACAGCGAUUUCUUCCAGGAAGGAUCUCGGAUUGAGGCGGCGUUCUGCCGCUACUUCCACCGCGCCCCUCCCUCGCAGGAGAAGGACAGCUAUGAGAUCUUGGUCUGCCACGCCAACGUCAUCCGCUACUUUGUGUGCAGGUAACCUGGAACUGCACUCGGUGAAUUUCAGCUGCUAAAACAGGAGAGUAUGGGGGUAUUACAUGCUUUCCCUCCUACACUGAAGUUAACAGCUUUCUGGUGUUAUUACAGGAGUUGAGUAACCAACCCCAUAUCCCUCCCUCUUCCUUCCUCUCUUUCACCUUCUCGCUGUCACUCAGGGCUCUACAGCUGCCACCGCAGGCCUGGAUUCGCAUGACGCUGGCCCAUGGCAGUAUCACGAGGCUCACAAUCAGACCCAACGGCAGUGUUUCUCUCUACGGUCUCGGUGACUGCGGCCACUCCUCUCAAGACAAGAUCACGUAUUCGUGAACGAUUCACGAUCACUCCUCUAGAACUGUGUUGAACAGCAGUGUGUGCUGAGUUUCGAAAUUUUGCAGGCUGGCAUAUCACUUGCAACCAAUCUUUAGAGUGAUUUUUCAUUGAUCUUUUACCGUAUAAAUGCAAUACAUUUGUGUGGCGAGUGAACUAUAGUAUAUUAUAAUAGAGCGAGAAAUUUGCCAUGUUCACAUUGAC